UAUUAUUUAAAAUGUAAUCCUAGAUAUCCCCUUAAUUAUCUCAAAAUACAAUAAAAUAACUAAAUAAGGAAAAUGAAGAAUUAAAAUAGCAAGUGUAAAUACUCAAGUAUUAAAUAAUGAGAUAUCUUAGACUUGAAUGUGAGAAAUAAGUUUAAUUAUCAAAAGAAGCCUAAUAAUGGAAAGAGAAAUAUGAUCGUUUACAUAAACAAAAUCACUUAUUAGAUCAUGAAAAGAAAUAAUUGUUAGAUGAGAUAAGGAAAUUAAAGGAUGAUAUUAAAAAUUUAGAGUAAAUAUUUAAAAAAGAUGAUAGAAAUACAGUUUAAUAGUUGUAAGAGUUAACUAAAGAAUUAAAUAAUUAUGAUUAAAUGAAGAAUAAUUCAAUAAUUGUUUAAUAACAUAAUUAAGAAUUGGAAAGAGAAUUAGAAGGAUUUAGAUAGAAAGCAUUAUUUGUAAUAAAAGUAAAAAUCUAAUAAAUUAUAGCCAAAAACAGGGAUAGAAAAUAGUAAGUUGUAUUAUUCACUCAUUUUAUAAUGGGAUAGGAAUAUAUAAAACCUACAAUUAGAAUAUUAAAUAUAGAAUGAUAGUUUGAUCUUAGAAGGUUAUGGAGAGACAGGUGAUAAAAACAUAGUUUAUCAGCAGACUUUUGAUUUAGGGAAGAAAGUUUUGAAGUAAAAAGAUAAACCAUAAAUAUCUUUGAAACAAUCAUAAAUGAUAUUGACUUUUGAAGUAUGAGAUUAUAAAUCAAUUAAUUUUUUUAAUUCU